CGGUUUCUAACAUGCGACAAUGUACAUUGAUGCAAGCAACAGAAGGUGCAUCGUGCCUACAUAACCAAAAAUUGCGACAAUGGACAGCGACGGCAUCUCGUCCACGAAUAUGAACGCCAUGAACCGGCCCAGACAACCAUCGGUGCAGGCAAUGCUUGCCAAGUCCUUUGGAAGCGCCAGCAGCAAUGCGAAUUUGGAAUCACGGGAGGGCGAGUUGGGUUCCGCCUUCCGCGACGAAAGAACGCCCUCGUCGUCGCCUUCCAAGAGUCGGUCGCUGUCCGACUCGACACCGAGGCUGUCGCCAUCACCAAAGAUUGUCUCCAUGAGAGAGUCCAAAGACGAUGCUACAAUCAAUCCCAGAACUCCCAGAAGACCCGAUUUCCUUUCCCGGGGCCUCUCGUUGCAGAUGCCGCCGCGGGAUCUAAGCCUACAGAACCCAGCGACCUUUACGAAACGCGUUCCGCUUUCCCCUCAGCUCGACGCUCACGACACCUACGGCUCACCCGCGACCGUUCUCCCCAGACACUCGCGGGGUCUCGACUUUGCGCGCGCAUGCACAAAUCUUCACCACUCGACGCUCGCGGAGCAGCCGUCGCCGGAUUCAUCGCCGACGAUCACACAAAAAGGGAUGAUGAUACCGCAACGCAAGACCAACAUCACGUCCAUGACGCUCGAUUCGCCCAACAUGAGCCACGAACGUUGGCUACGGGAUAAGAGCGUCCCAUCGAGCUCGCUUGGAAGCAUAAACAUGUUAGGUUCGGACGAUUCUAGCAGCGGGUCCGACGAGGAUUAUCCCAUGGAGCCCGACAAUGACGAUGACCCUAUGGUGAUGACCCCGCAGGUUCUCAAGUUGGACAGGAAUGCUGGAAAUCCCUUCGGUGGACAACUUGCGCCCAGCCCCGGUCAACCAUGGACCGGCGGAUUUCCGAGUAACGGACCGAACUUUCUGCAAAUACAACGGAACAGGUUGCGCAAAGUGAGGAGUAGGAAGAGUUCAAGCAGCGCGAGCGGACACAGUUCCCUGGCAAGCCCGGGUCCUGGAUCGCCACCGUUGAGCAAGGCAUUUGACGGCUCGAACGGCGGAUACUUUGCGCGCGAAGCCGUCAUGCGCAAGGCAGGUUCGCGACGAGAGAGCCUGAGUAUGGUCGCAAACGAUCUACACAUUUCUUCUGGGAAUGACAGCGGAGACGAGUCAGGAAUGCCCGCACCGUCAACUCCAGGCGUUGUGCGACGGGUGGUUACGCGACGCGGAAAUCUCCUGCCAAAAUCUAGGCAGUUCGGUCGCAUCAGAGCAGAGCUCUUCGAGGAAAACGCUCCUGUUGACAGCGAAGUCAAGAGAGAAGCCGAAAUAAUCCGCCAAGUUCGUGAAAGCGAUGUCACCUUGACGCCAGAUCGUCAGGAGUCGACCACCGCCAACUCGUCUCCGAGUCUUCUCCCGGCGGUACCUGGCUUGAGCGAGCUCGAAGAUAUACCAGAAGACACAGGCAUGGAUGUAGAAAGAGAAGCCGCAGCGAACGGCAAGGGCCUUUUCGGAGCGUUCAACCUGCAGCCGUGGAGAAGCAACGGUGAGCGGCAGUCGUGGGGCGUCCCCAAUGACCGGAUGCAUACACCUCCUCCGCCUCCGUUCUUCCCGCGAGCGAGCUCUUCAGCCAUCAGCGACGAUAUCAACAUGGAUUCUCCGAGCGUGUCAACGACUUCCAUGUCUGGGUAUCCGCACCGGCUGUCGCAGUCUGCAGAGCCGCCGAAGGACCGAUCCACGUCUCGUGGUUCUACCCCACAGCCCAUGGUACCGCCCACUGCUGCUGAUGGUCUCAAGAAGAAGCGUCGCAGGGAUGACGACUUUGACGUUAAUUCUAUCAAGCGGCGAGCUGUGUCCCCUGGUCUCAGUGUUACCAACAGCCCCGUCCUGUCCCAGUCUCCCAAUCAGAGAGACAACUCUAUUUGGCCCCCCGCCAAGACGAGCAGGGAAGGUUCAACGAGCGGCCAACCGAGUGGACAUGGUGCUGGUGAACGUUCAAACAGCGGCGGCAGCACGAUGAGCGUCACCCCCUCGCUUGGACCGAAGAGAGUCGGCUUGCAAGGCAUGACUGACACCAACGAUGGACUCAUGAAGAUGAGUAUUGAGUGAGCUGGACGAAAGGGUCCAAAGCAGGCGUACCGAUGGGGAGGACUUUGGGAAUUCAAUAGUAACGGUAGCAAGGCGUUAAGGGGGAUGCGUACAGCGCGGUGUUUUAUGGCUUUGAUGGACUUCAUGAUAUCCGGGCUUUCAUUAGUUUAGUAGGCUUUUCUAGCAUUGACAAUGCC